ACAGUAAAAGCUAAUUAGAAAUAUAUUUAAAUGACAAUAAUAAACUUAUGAGUCGACAACAGAAAAAGAAGAAGAUGCGCGCCGUUUGAUUACGAAUGUCGGAAUCGGCGCCUUAUUCAUUUUUCGCAUUUUUCAAAUUGACGCAGCAUUUGUGCAUAACUUUUCCACUUCAGAAAAGCUUUCUCGAGCAUCAAUAAUGGAUACAAGGGAGAACGUGACAAAUUUUUGGUCGGCUCAUUUCAGAAGAGAGGGCCAGCAGCAUAAGGCCCUGUCCAGUGACGAAGAUUCGCAGGAACGGGCCAUCCUGAUGGUGUGUCAAACACUUUUCCUGCUUGUCCGUGAUAUAAAGAAAGAACGAGAUGAAGCCAUUGAGUUUGCAUCCAAACAAAAAGAGAUCAAAGUCUGUCAGAGUUGCAAAAAACAGGUGUUCAAGGAUAAUCUUGACAAUGCUAUUAUUGAUGAAGAAAAAACUACAUCAUCAGAAUCUCUUGAUGAGUCACAAGUAACUGUAAUGAUCAACGUAAAGAAGGAACUGGGAAGUCAAGGUUCACCAAGAAAACAGGAAAGUUCUUUAUCUUCGGGAGAAACAAUUCCCAGUAAACCUGUUCCAAAGGCUCAGAAGAAAGGAGACCCAAACUACAGGUGCUUGUCAAAGUCCUCCCCUAGAAGGGUGAGGAAGAAACUAAAGGUGGAAACAGAUGUUAGCGAUGAUCUAGUACCUGAAACUUUAUCUUUAGAUGAGCAUGAAUUGCAUGUUAACGUAGAGGCGAGAAAAGCUCUGGCUACUCAGACUGUUUUUGUACCAGAAACAGUUAUGUAUGGAAACACUGAUUUCUUUGAAUCACAAACCAUUUUUAGUCAGGACAUUGAUUACGUGAGGAGCAGUAAUGAAUCAAGUGAAUGUAGAAGUCCAGAAAAAAGUUUGGUUAAUGCAAGUGAUCUAAAGACACAGCUAAGUCCUGUUCUUGGGAAACAAGGUAACACAACUCCGAAAGCUUCCAGGAAGCCUCUAAACAUCAGAAAGCCAACACCACCAAUUUUCGAUAGCCCUCCUAAGGAACCUCUGCAGCAAGUAGAUGCCAAUAUUCCCACAGAGGUAAAAACAUCACAAAUGCACUCUACGCUUCAAAUUAAUACAGAAGAUUUGAAGUCAGAAAAUUUAGUUUGUCAGGCGGCUUCAACCCCCAGGUACUCUCCUUUAAAAUUCACUCAUAGCCUUUCCCCUCCUUUAAGUGACGUCAGCUUUACAUCACCUUCGUUGUUACCCAGCAUGAAAGACAAAGGAAAUAAUGUGGUGCUUACACCAGCCUCCCCUAGUUUCAAAACUCCAAAUAACGUCAAGCCAGCGGUAAGCACACGAUCAAUCAAAAGAUCGUUAUCAACUGUACCUGACAGUAAAGCUAAGGAAAACUCAAAUACUUUAAGAAGGCACCAGACAGACAGUACCACAAAUAAAGGAAGAUUGUAUGAAAUGAAUGUGGAACCACCAGAUCCUAAUAAAAGAAAGAAGUACAAACAAGCAAGAAUAUUUGAGAUGCCUCUAGUGCCCAAGACUGAUGUUGUGAAGUUAUCAGGAGGUGUCCCAAAAAUGUCUUUUGAUGAUGAGCUGAAGGCAGCCUGUGAGGCUUCAUUGAAGACCAAGGAAAGGGAAGAUUUAUUGAGAAGACAGAAAAGGGAGUUCCAAUCUGAUUCUUCCCCUGAAAAAACUCAAAGUGAUGUGAAGGAGAAGAAACCUAAAUUGAAAUCGCCAACAAAAUUGUCACUCAAGCUUAAAGAAUCAGGCCAUAGUUCACCUGCCAAAGUCCUUAAGAAGUCUCCUAAGAAGAGCCCUUUGAAAUGGCAGAAACAAAGUCCCAAUAAAUUGAGUCCCUUAAAGAAAGAAAGGGAAGCAGAACAAGAUGCAAGCAAGGACAAGGAAAUGGUUGGAUUGGAUGAACUUCUGGAUCAGGUAAAUGAGAGUCCAGUACAAGGUAAUGUGAAUAGCAAAGUAAAGGCACCAUCCCCUAAGAAAAAGCUCAGGAAAGCCUGUAGUGAGCACAUCCCAUCAAAAGAAACAGCAAAAUCGGACAUAAACAAGAAUGCCAAGCGGAUUAGAGCUCACUCAAUAGAUGAAUCUCCCAAGAGUGCGAAGCGGAAAAAGCCCCCACGAGUGUUUGUCGACAGCUUUGAUGCCCCCCCUGAUCAAGACAUUGAACCUGGUUAUGCAUAUCAGGGACCAGUCGUACGAAAGAAGAUAGAACGUAAGCAACUUGAAGGUUGGGGUUGUCGGGAAUGUAAAAAUUGGUAUGAAGAUGAAGAUUUGGAUCCAGUUAAGAAAAAGAUGCUAAUAAACAAGUGUUCUCGACAUCGUAGCAAACACAAUCCAGUCACGAAUACUCCAGAAGGAUUUUGGAACCCAGAAUGGGUAGACAAGACUCAGUCACAAAUUUAACCAUGGAUGAUAAUUUGGCAGAUUACCAGAGUUCAGGACUUGUGGAGGAGUACCACUUGCAAGGCACAUUGUAGACAGUACAGUGCUAAAAGUACUUAGCAGCAGCCUUUCAGCCCGAGGUGCAUUGCCUUCUACUGUCACUAUUUAUCUAUUCCUUUAGGUCAUUUCCCCCUCAAAGGGCCUACUUUUAUAACUUGCUCCAAUUUUGAGUUCCAAUUGAAGAACAAGUCUUUCUUGCGAGCCUUAAGAAAGUCUGGAGAUGUAAUAUGACAGUUUAAUUAAACUCUAUGACAUUUAAGAUUGGAAAACCAGUCAAGGUUUAAUGAAUAAAAGAAAAUAUUUAUUUGUUUUGUCUAUUGUAAGUUUUAUAAAAGUUUGUUAUGUUAUGAAUAUAGUAUAUACUUUAGAUAAGGACUUAAAGUACAAAAUGUUAACGUGUUAUUGUAGAAAAUAAGGAUGCUAUAUAUAAAGUAUUAAUGAGUUACAAAAGAUAUUUUUAUUAUUUUAAUUGUAUAAAUACACUAUUUAAGUGAAAGAUAAAAAUAUUUUCAGAGAUUUUUUGUCUGAUUCCUCGUGGUGCUCAGAUGAUAUGAACAGGAUGUUAUUGCAAGCGUUUUUUAUAACUUCCUGUUAGUUGGUGCCACUGUCAAAUCAGCAGUGUUAAAGUUUCAUGCUGCAAAGUUCCAGGUCUGUAACCAUAUUUUACUACCCAGAUUUCUUUGUGGUGUAUCAACUGUUAUCAGGAAUGCACAACCUGCAGUUGUGUAUUCAACAUGGAUGUAAAUAACCAGUGGCAAGUACUCAGUCAACCACUGUUGGCUUCUGAGGCAUCAUGUCCACCCAUAAAUAGUUGGUGGUAAGUACUCACUCAUCCACUUUUGGCUUCUUAGACAUCAUGUCCACCCAUUGCUGCUUACAGCAGACUCCCAAGCCUGAGCAGGUUUUUGAGCAUCAGUUUUGGGUUGUGAUUGUUAGUUCCAUGCCAGUGCCCUCACAGUCAUGGUGAUGUUUUCACCAUUGGUGUCUGGCUGUUAUUGGUAGUUGCUUGUCCAGUGCUUGACAUCUUGGCAAAAGUAGAGGCAUUGACCCCAAGAGGGUCAUUCAAAGUUCUUGAUGUGAUUUAAGAGAUGAUUGGUGUAGCAGUUUUGUCCUCGGGCUUAGAAUGGAUUUUACUCAACAUCAUGGCCAGCCCUACCUUUUCAUCUUGGUAAUUCAGCAUAAACUCUGAACAGUCACAUCAUAUAGGAAGGGUGACAACAUGACUGUUGUAGGCAACGUUCUUUUGCCCGUAGCUUUAGCUUCAAUUGUAGAGCUUGCUACAUUAUUAUUAUUCUUUUCUGCAUAAAUAUUCAACUCUACCAAGGCAAUUUUUCUACUUUUUGAAAAAUGUUUUUUUUGAUAUUCAGUGCCUUCAGGUUUUCCUGUUGGGAAACAACUUGUAAUGAUUUUAAAUAAUAUGCCAUGAAAUUUGCAGUAAGUUAAAUAACCUCAAGUUGUAGGUGUGAAUUAAUCAUUUUUAUACAACAAACCCAUCAGUCAUGUAAUGCCCAUAUUGUGGUCAAGAGAUCCUCGGUCCUUUGUUCAUGAUUUUGCAGAUGUGCUGAUUUUGUAUGGAAGCAAACAACUGUUUUUUAACUUUCAGCUUUUAAUUAAUCAACUCUAUCCCAAUAUAUUUUAGGGUAGUUAAACUUAUUAAUUAAUUUAUUUAUGUUGAAGAACUUUUAGUAAAUAAAUUUAACUUUUAGAACUGAAAUUUGAUAUCAACUUCGACUAGUUUGUAUUGUAAAUAUUUAAGUAAAGGCUUUGAUUGUUACUUUUAGAUACCGGGCUGUACGUAUGAGGGGUCUGUGACCUGUAUAUUAUAAAUUUAUUGCCAUAGAAUUGAUACUUGUUUAUUUAAUUAGCAGUUUCUCGUUGGACGAGUGGUUUUUGCGCUCGGCUGCCAAUCCGGUGGUCCGAAGUGCGAUUCUCGGCUUGGCCAACGUGAAAUCUACUUCUGGUGAUAGAAAUACAUUUCUCGAUAUAAUAUGGUUCGGAUCCCACAAUAAGCUGUAGGUCCCGUUGAUUAGUGACCAAUUGGCUCUUAGCCACACAAAAAUAUCUAAUCCUUUGGGCCAGCCCUAGGAGAGCUGUUAAUCAGCUCAGUGGGCUGGUAAAACUAAGAUAUACUUAAUUUAUUUAAUUAGCAUUGUAAUUCAAUUAUGUAAUUAAUGAAUUUAUAUUUGCCUUUUGAAAGAUUUUUGUGAUGUUAUACAUGCAUUUUUGCAAUACAUUGCAUAUAAUUAUCUCGUAGGACAUUAAUGCAGGUGUUGCAUAUGAUGGUGCAGCAAGAGAAUAAUGCACCCUAUCCAUUAAUGUCUUGGCUUUUAAUGUCCACUGUACUAUAUAAACUGAGAGAACUUUAGAAUGUAUGGUUGUGAAGGAAAGCUCAGUUGGGCCAUUUAACCCUUUAACGCCGAAGGGGCAUAAUAAAAAUCGUCUCCCGUAUGCCGAGGGGGUCUCGGAGUGAGCGCCGAAGCGGAAAAAAUAUUUUUUUCAAAAAGUCACAGCACGCUUAGUUUUCAAGAUUAAGAGUUCAUUUUUGGCUCCUUGUUUUGUCAUUGCCUGAAGUUUAGUAUGCAACCAUCAGAAAUGAAAGAAAUAUCAUUAUCUCGUAUAAAUAUGCGAUAUAUUAUAGUGCGAAAAUAAUUUCAUAUAUUAUUGUAUUCAAAUCGCACUGUGAGCAAAACGGUUAAAGCUAACGAGUUAAUUUUUUUCGUUGUAUUGUACACUAAAUUGCGAUCAUUUUAGUAUAUAACAUUGUAAAACGAUCAAAGCAACACAGAGAAAAUAUUAUCACAAAAUAUGCAUGAGUUCGUAACGCGCGGACGUACGUAAAAAAAUGUUUUUUUCAAAAAUUCACCAUAAAUCUGAAUAUUGUUCUAGAGACUUCCAAUUUGUUUCAAAAUGAAGAUAAAUGAUUGGAUAUUGCUAUACUGUAAGAGUUUUAGCUUACAAUUGCAGUUUUCGACCAUUUCGGAGGAGUUAAAGUUGACCGAAAGUCUAAUUUUUUAUAUAUUUUUCUAUAUGCAAAUAUUUCAAAAGUGAGAAAAGUUACAACCUUCAAUUAUUUUUUGUUGUAUUCUACAUGAAAUUGCGCACAUUUUCAUAUAUAAAACUCUAUGAAACGCCUAAUAUGAAACUGAGCAAAUAUUACGAGAAUGCAACGUACGCAUUUCGGAGAUUUGCGGCGGAGAAUCCG